GAGGCGACUGCUAGCAGUACAACUGGAACAAAUCAUGCUGGUGACAGCGCGAUUCUUGCUGGCGAUGUUGAUCGCGGAAGUCGCACAAGUGCGCAUGCUGAUGGUGUACCUACGGGGGAAAUAAAUGCAGGCAGAUCUUCUUCAAACGGUAAUGGUGUCGACGAGGCGACGGGCGUUACCAGCAAGCACCGGCGACAGCACCGUGUGGACACCGUGCAAAACCUGGAAGAGGAGC